AUGGAAGGCGUAGGGUCGAGAUUGAGCCGAACGUCAUCUAGAUACAGUGGUCCAGCGGCGACGGCGGUUUUCAACGGCCGUGUAAGGAAGUGGAAGAAGAAGUGGGUACGUGUCUCCACGUCACCAGUCGGCGUUUUCCGAGCAUCUAAAUCCAACGGUCGUAACAACAACAGCAGCAAUUCUCCACACCAUCUGCUUCUCCAUAAGUGGACUCCACUUUCCUCCGAAGCUAACGGCUCCGGUGGUGAGACGGAGGAGGCGCCUAAACGAAGAUUCAGAUACGCUCCUAUUGCGAUGCUUGAGCAUAGAGAGAAAGUGGGUGGUAAGGAUACUGAAGUUGAUGCGGAAGAGACUGACGAAUUCGACAAUGAUGAUGAUUCUCCAUUGCCUAGAGCCGUUGAGCUGGACAUGAACUUAACUGACACUGACCAAACUAAGGAGGCAAAAACUCGUCACUUGAAACUGGGACUGUGUCUGAAUUCUGAAGGGACUGAAGAAUGA